CUGGCAGGGAAGCGCGUUGUACAACUGACUGCCAAGCAUAGCUAACUGACUCGUAACUAACUCCUCUCUUCUCCGGGCUGUUUUCAUACAAAAGUGAAAAUGGUGGACAGCUGUUGUGCCCCGGGGUGUCAUAACAGUCGACACGCGAAGGGGAGAGCGUUUUAUCGAAUCCCGAAAGAUCCUGAAAGACGGCAGAGGUGGAUUACUGCCAUAAAACGUGCCCGAAGCGAGCAGAAGAAAACGGAGCGUUGGGAGCCCAAAGGCAACGGAUUCCGCUUGUGUAGUGAUCACUUCAUAUCAGGGAAAAAGAGUAAUAACCCUCUGUUACCUGACUACGUCCCAUCCAUCUUCAAACAUGUGCCAUCCCCAGAGAAGAGAAGGAGGAUGCAGUUAGAUGUAUUCAACAGAAGACAGAAGACCAAACUCCAAAGAAGAGAGCAAGCAGAAACACCAUCAGCUGCCCCAGUAACCCCUCCAACAGCCUGUCCUCAAGAUGGCAGCAAGCACCCUAAUGCAGGUCAUCUCACAGAAAAAGCUCCUGUGGAGGAAUCAACCCAAAAAGAACUUGAAAAUGAUUUCCAGUCCAUUCUUGAUGAUAAUGAUGAUCCAGAAACUCCACCGUGUUCCAGUGAAAACUGUAAGAAACAUAUUAAAUCUCUUGAGAUGGAAUGCCAAGCUCUGAGGACUGAAAAUAUGUUGUUGAAAGAGAAAAUGAAUAGAACUGGACUAAAUGAGAUGAGUCUACAAAACAACUAUAAAAAGGUUAAUAUUCUCACUGGUUUACCAACAUAUUCACUGCUAAUGACAGUUUUUAGUUUUGUAGCUCCCUAUCUAAAACACAAGUCUGGCCUGACACUAUUUCAGCAGUAUAUGCUGGCUUUAAUUAAGCUGAGAAUGAAUUUGUCUUUUGACUUUUUGGCUUAUUAUUUUGGUGUUGAUUUGACCACUGUUUCAAAGCUUUUCAAACACUGUAUUAGUGUCAUGUAUUGUAGACUAGUGACAAGUCUAGUUAUAUGGCCUGACAGGGAAUCAUUAAGAAAAUCUCUUCCAUAUGCAUUUAGGAACAGUACGGUUGAAAGGACAGUUUGCAUUAUUGACUGUUUUGAAAUAUUAAUUGAGAAACCUCGCAACUUGUUAGCCAGUGCUCACUGUUAUUCAACAUACAAGUCACACCAUACAAUGAAAUAUUUAAUUGCCAUUUGCCCACAAGGUUACAUUUGUUUCAUUUCCAAUGGCUGGGGAGGCUGCACGAGUGAUAAGUUCAUCACAGAGCAAAGUCAUUUUUUGUCUCAUUUGCUCCCAGGGGACCUAGUUUUGGCAGACAGAGGUUUCAAUGUCAAAGACUCUGUACAGUCUUGUCAAUCUGAAUUAAAGAUUCCAGCAUUCACUUGUGGCAAGAAACAGCUAGAUCCUGUUAAGUUGGAGAACACCAGAUGCUUAGCAUCUCUUAGGAUACACAUUGAAAGAAUCAUUGGAGUUCUCCGCCAAAAGUACAGUGUUUUGCAAAGCACUGUCCCCAUUGGUUUCACUGACAUUGACCAAGAAAAUGAUGUGACAGACCUCGACAAAAUUGUCAAAGUAUGUUGUGCCCUUACAAAUGUCUCUGAAUCUGUUGUACCCUCUCAGUGAUCCUGAAACAGGUGUAGGGUGUCAGUCUGACAACAGAUGUUGGAUAAAGUAACUAAAUACAGAUAUGUUCAUGUUACUCAUAACAGAUGUGAUGUAAUGCCUCUCAUUACAGAUCUAUUUAGGGAUGCACAAUAUGUACAAUACAAUAUAUUUU